AUGGGCAUGCUCAAUAUGGACAUUCGUCAAGUACUUUAUAUUCUGGAACUGACAGGAACGUUUACGUGCACUUGGCCAAUUAAUCCGAAUGACAGUAAAAAAUACAUCAUUAUUCGUAACAUCUUGUGGACAUUCACGAUAUUGAACGUGAUUUUUUUAACAAUAUCCUUGAUGCUUGCUAUUUUUCAUUUUCGAAGUGAUGUACCUAAAUCGAUGAAAACUGCCUCUGAGAUGGCUGCUUUGCUCGAAGUCGCUUUGGAUUUGGCUCUCUGCAAAUGGAACAACAGCGAAUUGCAGGCUUUGAUAGAAGAAGUCAAGUCGUUCUUGAAGAUAGCCAACAAAUACGAAAUUAAAAUAUUUCAGGGAUAUAUAAAUCGUUACAAAAAAUUCUUCUCAACUGUUGCAAUGGGAUACAUCUUACCUGCGAGCUCGUUCAUUUUGAUGCCUUUGUUCUCAGCCCAAGAAUUACCCGCAGAGGGAUGGCUUCCAUUCUCCAUCAAACCACUCGGAAUAUACUGCGUAGUCUAUGUCAAUCAUGUUUAUUGCAUUUUACAAACGUCAUUUUGCAUUUUUGUAGAUUUCACGAUCGUCAUCCUCUUUAGUUUUCCCGCUGCCAAAUUAGACGUAUUACGGUCAAAAUUGCGGCAUGUGAAUAAUCACGAUAUGUUGGUGAACUGUAUCAAGGAACAUCAAAAAAUAUUAGGAUUUGUGGAGGAUACUAACGCUACUGUUGAGACUUUAUUAUUCAAAACGAACGUCACGAUGGGAAGCACUGUGAUAUGCGGAGCUUUCCCCCUGCUUAACAAUCAAUCAUUGGGCGUGGUCACUCAAUUUCUUCCUCUGGUAAUGUCAGGCAUGUUGCAUUUGUUCGUCAUCGCCUGGCCGGCAGACGAUUUAAGAGAAAGUAGUAUACAAUUCGCACAAUCGAUCAAUGAUAUUCAAUGGUUGGGCCAAUCAAGAAAAAUGAAAAGUUGCGUGAUUUUCAUGAUGAUAAGAAGUCAGAAAGCAUUUCUUACUCGAAUGAGUAGUUUACUACCACCUCUUUCUUUGGAAUAUUGUUCAAACUUUGUAACUACAAUAUCGUCCUACUUCAUGGCAAUGAGAACUAUGAUAGAGUCAUAA